UAUCGACUGGUUUAAACCUAAUCGGCAGCUCUCUCUCACGAUAGACAGCAGCUCGUCGCUCGCUCUCUCUCUCUCUCUCUCUCUCUCUCGUAUGUAUGUCUCCCGCUGUUUCUCUCUCGGGAAGUCUCCAUAGACGUGAUACUUGUUGUAUGCUGAAGGUUUAGUUGGUCAAAAUGCCGAAGGUGGGAUUUGUUGAUGAUGAUCGCGACAAAGACAAAAGGAGUGAUGAUGAUCACAACAAAGACGAACGGAGUGAUGAUGAUCGCGACGAAGACGAGGGGAGUGAUGAUGAUCACAACAAAGACGAACGGAGUGAUGAUGAUCAUUACGAAGACGAGGGGAGUGAUGAUGAUAAUGGAUUGCGUUUUGAGGAUGAGCUUUUGGAAAUCGCCCGCUUAGAUGAUCGGCAUGGGCUCAUAAAGCUAAUGGAAGGAUCGUAUCGAAGUAGUGAGAGCGUUUUUGGUUAUCUCAGUAGUAAGGGGGCUGUAAAUUGUGUCACUGCUUUGCUUGAAGGAGAAGUGGGUCCACCAAUGGAGCUUAGUGUUGACCCUAAAUUUGGAAAAUGCCCGUUGCAUGUUGCAACAAAUAAAAUGUCCUACAGUAUGGUUGAUUUGCUUCUGCGCUACGGAGCUCGGACUGACUUAAAGAGCAAAGCUAUGGCAAUAACACGGGGUGGCUUGCUGCCUCUCAAUGUUGCCCUUGAAAAGUUGAGCUAUCACGAAUCCCUAGGUGGCUGGACUCCAAAAGAUCCUGUCUUCAAGUUGAUCAUCUUACUUUGCCUUCCAAAAAUGAGAGUACCACUUGAAGUCAGUAGGUUGCUUGCAUGUAACACAAAGCGGGUUGAUGACGUCUUUUACUAUUAUGCCAUGGAGGGAAAACUCAUUGAGAUGGCUGCUCUGCUGAUGGUGGCAAGGGAAAAGGUAAUGGCUGCUUUCGAAGGAAGCAUGCAUCUCCGCCAAUUCAUAUCUGAAGAGACUGCGUCAAUGCAUGUCGACGAGACAAAAUUAACGGGAUGUGGUAAGAGAGGUAAGUGGGCUAGCGUUUUUAAGGAUAAGAGGCUAGUGAUGACAUCUGCACUGGAAUUGCUUGAAGUGUUUGAGAGAGCUGGUGAUUGUAUUGAAGCAUAUGCUCAGUCAGUACGAAGUGAAAUGACUGAACAAGAAGUGAUCAAGGACAUAACGUUUCUGCUCGAGGAAAAUGGUUUCAAUUUGAAGGGCUUGGACAUUGAUUUGAGCAACAUAGACUGUGCUCUGGGCAUUGCACAUGAGAAGUUCAAGCUGGAAAUGCAAGGAUUAGAAAAGAGGAGAGAUUUUUUGGGUCAAGUAAAGGAUGUUGGCAUGCUGGUCCCUGCACAGUCAGGCAAUUUUUAUGCAGAAAAGAAUCCAGUUCCUAACAAAAUGAAUGAGACAGCGCUUGCGCCAAUGAGACUCUACCGACCCGGGUCUCCACUUAUGCCCGCGCGCAUUCGUGUAACUUCUUAUCCAUAUUGUUCUGGCAUGGCUUUUUCCUUUCUUCCGAAGAAGACUACUACAAGAAAAUCUCUCACAGAUUUUCUAUCAGCCAAGACAUAUGGGCGGUUUGCAUUACUGAUCAAGAGAGGUAUAAAGGGCAUAUGAUUUGCUGAAGCAUUUUAUCUGAAGGUAACAUAUGGGAUGGAUACUUGGAAUUAUGUCGUCGUGUCAUUGGGUAUUCAGAAACAAUGCUAAGUCUGGGGAAGUUGUAUGUUGUAUUUGGCCGUAUUUAUUGGUGGGAACCUGUUGUUAUGUCAACUUGUGAUGUUUGUUUGCGUUUGGGUAUUUUUCUUAUGGAAGUAUCUAAUGAUCCAUAUAAGUAUUCGGAAACUAUGCUAAGUCCGGGGAACAUGUGACUUUUUUCUGUGUGUAUCCGUGGCUACUUCAACUUGUGAUGGUAUUCAGGGUGUUCAAUUUAUAUCAAACUUCUGUUAGUA